UCUCGUUUGAAAGAUCGUUGCAGCUUAGAAAGAUCGUUAUCCGUCGAAAGUUCGAAGGUGAUAAUCGAGAUACCAACAUAAUUAUUAUCUUAAAGAAAGAAGCGCAAGAUAAAAAAAGAAGAAUAGAAAAAAAAAAGAAAAAAAAGAAAGAUCUAGCAAGUAUAAGUGUCUCUCCGAUCAUUAAAAGCGCGCUUUUCUCGGAGUGACGACACAAUGUAUUGAGAUAUCUCGGCGCGUCGAAGAAAAAGAGAAGAGUGGGGAUCGUUCUCCUUUGCUGGGACCGUGCGUAUCCCCUACUCCUCAGCUCCGUAGCUUUACCCCCACCAAAGGUCAUCCGAUUAACGGGCGUCGCCGGCAAGCAGCGACGAAGUGCCAGAGGCGGCAGUCCGCGCUUGCGGGGCCUUACGAGAGGGGGUUUAUAGUUCGUGUCUCUCUCAGUACGACGUAUCACGUUACUUCAUCGAGAUUAAUCGCGAUUGUCUAUAAUCAUAGAGAUAUCGAUUAGAAUCUAUAUCGAUUGACGAACGGGAAUAAUAAAAGCGAGUUUAAGAUACUUUUAGAAAGUCGUUUGAGGGGAAUAAGUCACGUGUAUAAUAACUACACGACAUAGUCGUCUCUCCUGUGUGUUGUUUACCAGAACGAUAAGCGUAUUCAUUGUUUGGAGGAGGAUACUCGUAUCGUAAACGCAGACACCCUCUCCCCUGCCCUCUCUUGCCCUCACCUCCCCCCGUUCGACAUAUUAUCCGUUUCUCUUUUUUUAUUUAAAGGCGAUACCAACACACUCGUGACAGAUCAACACGUUUGUUUCCUCUAAUGUAUUCUCACUAAUGGUAUUGGUAAAAGGACGUCCUAUCAACCAAAUCAUAUAUUGCUUACGUUAUAUUCAUUAUUAUGUUUAUAAUAUCGAUCGUUAUGUUUUAAUAUAAAAUCAAGAGGAAAAAGUGAUCGAAAGGGAAAGCUAUAUUGCCUUAGGAAACAUAUCUUUAGCGAAGAGAUAAAAGAGAAGUAUCGUUAAUAGAAAAACUGGACGUUCGAAGUUUCUCUCUGUUGCCUUUGUAUGUUAGCAUUGGUUCUGAUCGAGAAGUCACCGAGAGUACUCUCACGUUCUUGGAACGUUUCUUCGUGGGGAAGAAAAAGGAAGAAAGAGAAAGAGUGAGAGUGAGAGAGAGAGAGAGAGAGAGAGAGAGAGAGAGAGAGAGAAAGAGAGAGAGAAGCGUGGGUCUUCGUCCAACAUCUUUCGACGUCCACGGCUGGUGCAAUAAGAGAAAAGCUUGUCCUGGAAAACAUCGAAGUGAGAUUACUCUCCUCCUACGAGAGAAUAGAUCGAACUGUCGGGAGGAAACAAGAAUACGUUCGAUUCUAAGAAAAUAGAGGAUCGAUACGUCUUCAUCGUAAGUAAGAAGGAAAGGAAGAAAUAAAUAAAGGAAGAAAAAAAAUUUGGAAAAAGGGAAAACGCGAAAGAAGAAAAGGGACUCUGUAAAAUAAAAAAAAAAAUAUUUAUUUCUACGUAUAGCCGGAGGCUAUCAAGACCCUUGGCUGAUCAAGAUAGGUCCUUAUCUACUUGAACGAUCCGAACGAAGUAAACGAUCGCUAGGUGAAUAUCUCGUGGGUGGAGAAACGCGAUGAGGGGGAGGAGUCGAGGUACUUGGUGAAUUACGUUUUAAACCACCCCCUCUAACCCCCCUACCCAGAACAGUCCGCUCGCCAACAGUCUCCUUAUUCCAGCACCGGUGGAAAAACUUUUUCAAGUAAACAGUAAUUAUUGUAGGCGAGAGAAGGCGAUCGUGAUUAAUAAUCGGCACCGGUUGAACAUCGAGAAACCUCGUGAGAAGAGAAUAGAAGGGAAGGAAAUAAAGAGAAGAGAGAAAAAGUAGCAGCGUGGGCGUUCGUGCCUGUGACGUGUGACGUGUGCGUGUGCGUUUGCGUGCACUCGCGUGUAUGUAUGCACAUUUACAACACGGAGGACUACGUACUCCUUCGUACCCUGGGUACAAAGAGUGUUAAAGAGAAAGAAAAAGAGAAAGAGUUGUACGAUCGUGCAAAUGAUCGUGCCCUUACGAUCCUCUCGAUCGUUGAUCGUCUUAGUGGAUGCCAGAUUGCCUGGAUGCCAGUUUUGGAAGGCGGAAUAGCAAAGAAGCGUGGUGCCGAUAGGCUCGGUCGCAAAAUGCGAAUGAGACUUUGCACCGCAUCAAAGGAGUCCUAUACGCUGCUCUCCAAGAAACGGAGACAGCAGCUCGAACAGUCCGUAUAUUGCGAGUCCGAAUCUCGGAGGAGCGCUGUGGAAGAUGAAAGGCAAGACGUCCAUGGCACCAAUCAGGAUAAGAUAAAGGGAACAACAACGCAAGAUCUCUUUGAAUUGUUGGAGAGAGUUCAAAGUUCUCGAUUGGAUGAUCAACGAUGCGUAUUGCCACCAUAUUUCUCUCAGACAGCGAGAGACGAACGAGCUGCAUCAAGUCCGAGUGGUGCAGGUGGACAAAACAACCACUCGUCUUCAUCUCCGUCGCCCUCCCCUGUCGGCGAUGCACCUCUUGGACGAGCCCUUAUGGAGGCCGCACUUCAACAGGCCACUUCCGGCUCGCAGGAGCCACCCUUAGUUGUGACACCACCUGGUUAUUGGUUAGAUGGAACCGAUCAUCGACAUACCUUGGACUCGGCAGGCAGAGCACUACUUCCUGCUCAGCCAGCCUGGCAACCUAGGAUAGAUCAGGAUGACACGGCUAAGUGUUACAGGCGUUUCUUCGUUGGCAGAGAACAUGUGAACCUGAUAGGAAGGGACAGCGAGAAUGGGCCGGUCCUUGUCUCGGUGAAGGCCGAGACGGUCGCUGGACAAGAACACUGGCGAGUAUUGCUGAGAUUACGUGCUGGUUCAACGCAUGAGUUAGUUCCAGCAGCAUCUCUUGGACCGAUUCCUUCACCAGCGAAAAUGGUUAAGACGAUCAAUGACUCCUUGAACGUAAACACUUUGAUGCCAGUGGUAUGUUCAGGGGCUGGUACUUUGAUAGCUCAAUAUGACGAGCAUGCACUCGUUUCGAGAUUCAAAUUCGGCGUACUACAUCAACGGGCUGGGCAGGUGACCGAGGAACAGCUUUUCGGUAAUCGCCAAAUCACACCUGCUUUCCAAGAAUUUCUUGAUCUUUUGGGGCAAAAGAUCGACUUGAAAGAUCACAAAGGAUAUCGAGGUGGUUUGGAUACUCGACACGGCCAAACAGGAGAUUCCGCGGUUUACGAAGUAUUUCGUGGUCGUGAGGUUCUCUUCCAUGUAGCUUCGCUUUUACCAUAUAGUCCAGGUGAUUCGCAACAAUUACAACGCAAGAGACAUAUUGGUAAUGAUAUCGUAGCGAUUAUAUUUCAAGAGGAACCUACACCUUUCAGUCCUGAUAUGAUCGCUAGUCAUUUUUUGCACGCCUUUAUCGUCGUGCAAGUCGUCGAUCCAUGUACGCCUAACACAAGGUAUAAGGUGAGCAUAACGGCGAGAGACGACGUACCUUGGUUUGGUCCGGCCUUACCAACACCUGCUGUCUUCCUGAGAGGCGUUGAAUUUAAAGAAUUUCUUCUUACGAAAUUGGUCAACGCUGAAAACGCGGCUUACAAGGCUGAGAAGUUCUCAAAAUUAGAAUUACGAACUAGAUCCGCUCUAUUGGAGUCCUUGACGGAAGGAUUGCAAGCAAAAACAACGGAGUUCUUAGGUGGUACCAUCGGUUUAGGAGGUAAUUUAGCAUUCGGUGGGAAUUGUCCUGUAAGCCCAACGGCAAGCGACUCCUCGGCUUCCGGUGGCGGAGGUACUGGCUCAAGAUUUAUCGAUACGGUACGAAAAGCAUUGAUAUCUCGAGUGAGAAAUGCAUCGACCGAGAGUGUACCUCAACAACUCGCUAAAAAGGGUGCUCAUUCUGAACCAAGUCCACCAAGUAAUCGACAAUCCAACGGAAAGAUAAGUGGGAAACGAUCCGUUGAACCAUCAAGUCCAUUGGGUUCGCCAGAUUUGACUUUACGAAGGGACUCAGAAAGAGGUAGUCCUAGUUUGGGAAGUCAAGACAGUAGUUUGUCCAAUACAGACAAUCAGGAUAGCAGUUUGGCUACAUUACAGCAAGAUGAGGUAGAUCGUAGAGAGUCUAAUACAGGAAUUGGUGGAGCAAAUGAUACCACGAGCACGGAAAAGAUCACUACGGUUUCCUCGGUUCAACGAUUAACUCAUGAAAACUUGAGAAGACAGGAACGAACAGAAAAGACCGAAGUAACACAACGCGUUGUUUCCGAGAGCGACGAUAGCUCAUUGAACAGCGAGCUUGAACUCGACCAAGCUGUUUAUCCUGACAGCGACACCGGUCUUGAAUCUAUGAGUUCCGCGGAAACGCACGACACUACAAGGUGUAAUGCCAAAGACGGUGCUGCGGAAACCGAAACUUUGAGGAUGGAAGUUACUAGACUUAAGUGCGAUAAGCUGGACUUAUUGAGACAAAAUGUGACUUGUCAACGCGACAUUAAACGCCUUCGAGAGAAAGAGUUACAAUUGCAAUCUGACUUAGCAGCAGCAUCAAAAGAGAUUCUCCGAUUAAGGGCGAUGCUUAAAGAAUGUUCGACGAGCAUUCCUUUGGAUAACAACAAUCAACAAACGUCCACCGUUUGAAGAACCGUCGAACGCAUUUUUUGAUUCGUUAUCGCCAACGGUUAUUACCGUUAAAGAUCGCUAUAUUUUAAUCGUCGAAUGGGGACCGACCAAUUCGUAAACUUCGUAGAUCUUCCACUCUUCCGAGAUCGUUUCUUUUAAAAGGAAAUCAUUUGUUGUGUAUAUAUAUAUAUAUAUAUAUACACGAAAAAACUUGCAAUCAAUGCUUUCUUCCUCGGUUCGCUUUUACGACUGGGUUUUCUUAGAUAGCGAUUGGUACAAAUUCGAUAAGUCAUAAGGGAUAUGUAAUUAAAAUGUAAAGUCAAAGACGACACAGUUCUUUCGAAGUGGAACUCGUUAUUAAAACGUACAACAGUAUAGAUUCUGAUUGUUGAAGUACUUGUUUAACUUAUAUCCCAAAUAUUUAUCGAUUAAUUUAUUGAUAGAUAUAAGGUAAUCCCUUGUAGUCAAUAUAGUUGAUAAUUCAAUAGAUAUAAAUACCAACCGCGAUACAAACAUCUUGUCAUUAUAAUAUUAGUCACUUUUUAAAGUGAAAUGGCCUUUAGAUCUAGCAUUUGUGAUGCUAAAAAGAGCACGCAAAAAGUAACGCACCAAUGCAUAUGACCGUGUAUUAGUUAAGUGUAGGUCACUUAACUCCGAUUAUACUUCUCGCACACAUCUUACAUGGUAUAUAUAUAUAUAUAUUUAUUUACAUAUAUAUAUGUUUAUAUAUACAUAUAUAUUUAUAAAUAUGUAUAUAUAUAUAUGUAUUUAUAUAUAUAUAUAUAUAUAUAUAUAUAUAUACUACUGUAAGUAGUAAUAAUACAAACAUCUAUUAAAAUCUUUGAAGAUUCGGAUUUAUUAAUUUACCGAUUAAGUCUAAUAAUAAUGAUAUAUCUUAACAAAUUCAAGAAUCUUCAAAACUUAUGUGAACAUGUCGCAGGAAAGUAAUAGUUUCUCGAUAAUACGUUGGCACAUUAGUGAAUAUAAAUGUCACGCAAGUUAAUACUUCAAUAGAUACUUCCAUCGUCUCUUAAAAUCGAUUUACAUAAUUCGACGAAUCUAUUGAUCAUUUUUCUAAUAAAUUAUUCUAUAAUAUACAUAUAUCUAAUCGGUCAUUGCGUUAAAUUAACAUUAAAAGAAAAGUAACAUACAUUGUUCAUGUUUUGUUAAUAUGAAAAAAAAAUAAGAAGAAGUUAAAUAUUACUUGCUGCUUUAUUUUGUGCUAUGUCUCCGUUAGUUUUUAUUAUUAGUAUUAUAAUAUGAUAUAUAUGUAUAUAUAUAUAUAUAUAUAUAUAUAUAUAUAUAUAUCAAAGUAUUUUAUAUUAACAAUAACGUUUUAAUUGAUAUAGCUUGUGUAAAUAAUUGAUCAUCCAAGUAGAUGCAAAUAUUGACAGGAUUUAGAGAGAAAAAAAAAGGAAAAAGGACAAAAACGUUCACUCACAACACACGUACAAUACCAAAGCUUAAUAUAGUUGAAGUCAUUUCUUUUCUUUCUCUACAUUCCUUUUCAUACAAUAUGCAUUGAGUUACAUAUAGAAUAUAAUAUGUAUCGUAUACCUUCGGCACUUGUGAAAUUUUUACUAUACUUAUCAUUCAAAUUUCUUCCUUCAGAGCACAUUAGAGGUGCAUAUAUAUACAUAUAUACAUAUACAUAUAUAUAUGCAUAUAUAUAUACACACGCACAUAUAUUAUGAAUACUUUGCUAAAACACCACGGAUAUCACUGCCUAAACAGUAUCACUUUGCAAUUCCAUCUUUGUCAUUUAUAAAAGUAAUAUUACAAAUAUUAUAAAUUGUUAUCUUAUUAAUGUCGAUAAAAAUUGAUGAAUUAUAAUUUAUUAUAAAUCACCGAUUCGCAAUAUGUUUCAUUAUUUUUUUUGUAACAAACGAUUUGAAUUAAAAUUCGUUUUUAAUAAUGUAUAUAAUGUAAAAAUUGCGUUUCUCGUUAUAUUUGUGGUUCGAUUCCGUAAACGUGUUUCGUCACUUUUUUUCUUUAUUUUUUUUUUUUUAAUUUAAUUAACUACUAUCGUCUAGUUUUUAUGCUGGCCUUGCAAAAUCAAAGAAAGAUGAUUUAUUACAAUGUAUUACAAAGAGGUACGCGUUACUACAUUUUGAAAGAAAGUGAGAAAGAAAGAGAAUAAGAGAGAGAACGAAAGUAAGAGAGUGAGAGAGGGAGAGAGAGAGAGGGAGAGAGUGUGAAAGCAUAACAGAGUGCGCAUGCGCGAGAGAAAGAGAGAGAGAAUACUAUUGCUAUAAAUAUAUAUUUUGUAUUUAAAUAUUAAUUAUUCGAAUCUAACUAACUGAACUGCGGAUACUAAUUAUUCUCUGAUACUAAAAUAGGAAAAUAUAUAUAUAUAUUUCUUAUGACUGGUAAGAGUAUUCGCAUUCUGUAUUUUCUUGGUUUUCUUUUCUUUUUUAUUUAAAAAUUUUUUUUUUCUAAUGCACAACUGUCGACUCGUAUAUCAACGAUAAAUGAUGUCCACCAAUAAAAAAUAAAAACGAUACAAAUAAA